AUGGAGUCCGCGAUUCGCUGGUCCUCGAGCUCGACCGUGACCGACCAGCGCUUUCUGUCCGUCGACGUCACAGGCAAGGCGUUUCGUCUCUGUAGGGUGUUGGGUUAUAGCACUUACGACAGGACCUUGCGGCAUGAAGUGCUCUCUACCUUAAUCGAUGUCCCCCUGUUCCGCGCUUUCGACUGGUCUACGUCCAACGAGAACCUGAUCGCCGUCGGCCAGUCGUCCGGCGAGGCCACCAUUCUACGAUUAGAUGCCAGCGCAAAAGAAUCGCUCUCCUUCCCGGUUCGCAAUCAAAGAUACUGCAAUGCGGUUGCAUUCAGCACACAUGGUCUCGUGGCGUCGGGUCUUGAUCGCGUGCGGAACGACUUCUGCUUGAAUAUCUGGGACGUCAACCAGCGGCUCAGUCCUGCGGGCGGGAGCAAAGGAUUCCCAGAGCCCUUGAGAAAAUUGGCGAGUUCUGAGCCAAUCACCAGUAUUAAGUUCUUUAGGGAUCAGCCUGAUACACUGGUGACAGGUGUUAAGGGCCAGUUUGUUCGCAUCUAUGAUCUAAGAGAGGGGCCGGGUAAUCCUUCCUUGCAAUUCCCGACCCGUUGCGUCCACAACUUGGCCAUCGAUUGGCUCGACGAGAACUACAUUGCAUCCUGCCAGCCCACCAAUGAAAGCACGAUUUGUGUCUGGGAUCGGCGCGUAGGGGCUCGACUUGCAUCGCCAUCAGUCGGCUCCUCAGCAAGUACUCCCGAGACUAAUCAAUCCGCUGCUGCACUACAGUUCAAGAGCGUCUUUAGCCCGAAGUCUUCGAUCUGGAGCUUGCGCUUCUCCAAGACCAACCGAGGCUAUCUGGGAGCGCUUUCCAGCGCCGGCCAUUUCAAGACUUUUGACAUCGCCAAGGAUCAUUUGUCUGAGGAAUAUCGCUCUUCAAUUGACGAAACUCUUGGACAAGGCUCGUUCAGAAACUAUCCGGAGCCGGUCUACACUAAGUACGUGCGGGAUGUAUGCCCUCCUUUUGAUCACCCGACUCGCGGGUGCGAGGAGAAGGAGCGUAUUGUCUCGUUUGACUUCCUGAAUUUGAGCAUGUCUCCUCAGCCCAGUGCCAUUGCACUUGACGGUAACGGAAAACCGCAAAUAAUAACCGCGCGGCCGCCUUGUGCGCCUGUCAGUCUAUCAUCACAAGGGGUGUUAGCCUGUGGUAUUUCAUCGGGCGACUCCGAUAUCAGGACUAUCCACCCUCUGUCCGAGCAGAUAUCUCCAAUUUCUGUGCUUGUUGAGAAUAUCAGAACACGCGUACUGUCAAGUUCCAAAAACGGGUCAGCAAAUUCAGACAAGAAACCGUCAGUCUCUCGAGUUCUGGGCUCCGAUCCCAUCCCAAGCCGAGAACUUCGGGAACGUGCAGUGUCACUCGGAACUCUUGGGGCUCUACUUACUGCCAAGGAGGCAUUGACUAUGUCUACGGUCGUUCAAUCGCGGUGCAAAGAGGGCUACCUCUUUGAUGAGGCUCGUAAUCGGUCGAUUGCAUUAGAUGACCCUGCUCUGCAGGAAUUCUGGAGCUGGGUUCAACGCGCGCGGGCCGACUCUUCAGGAAUGACAAUGGUAGUAAAUGGGCUCGAUAUGAACUACUUGGGCGUGAGCAAUGUCUGGACCAACGAUAUGGGCCAUCUUUUCGAAAAGCGGCGCAUUAGCACCAAGGGUGAUGGCCCAAAGAGUGUCGCUGAAGCAAUCGCCCACUUAGCCGAGCAAUUAAAUCUGCCAGAAACCAAAGGCUGUGACACAGCAUAUCCUGAGCACCGUCGCCUCUGCCUUCGUCUUUGUGGUGCAGCACAAUCACACAAAGAGCUGGAGGAGUUGGUGAAGAGCCUCUCUUCUGACAACCAGCACACUAAAGCUGCUGCAUUGGCAAUUUUUCAGGACGAACCCAAGUUGGCAUACCUCGGACUUAGGAGCAACGAGCCCACACAGGCCCACAAGCUUCUCGCUAUGGCCAUCGCUGGUUCUGCGAAGGGUGAUAACAGCUCCGACUGGGAAGAUACCUGUGCCGAAAUCUCCAAAGAACUUACGGAUCCCUACUCACGAGCAAUCCUAGCGCUUGUAAGCAAAGGAGACUGGCAUGCUGUCAUCAAAGAAACCACGCUUCCUCUGAAGUACCGUGUUGAAGUCGCACUACGCUGGCUUCCAGACAGUGAGCUGACCGACUAUUUGGAAGACGCCACCUCCGAAGCAAUGCGGCAAGGAGAUAUCGAGGGCGUGGUACUGACGGGCUUGGGUCACCUAGCCAUGGCCUUAUUCCAGUCCUACAUUGAGAAGUUCAACGAUGUUCAAACCCCGGUACUAGCCAUGAGCCACACAGUUCCACGGAUCAUCAGCCACCCACCAUUCACUGCCCAAUUCGAAGCUUGGCGCGAGACCUACCGACGCCAGAUGAACUCCUGGAAGCUCCAGCUCGAACGUGCCCGGUUCGACGUCGGGUCUCGUUGCUUCGCGGUGACUGUGGAUGGACGCAAGCUCACCCCUACACCGCCGCAGCAGGUCAGCCUGACUUGCAACUACUGCACUCACCCGCUCACCCAGCACGACGCCUCCUCUCAAAUUUCUCCCUCGGCCACGGUCGAAACCGUGCACCCGACCGUUGGCAACCCGCUGGGGUCUGCGGCUAUGUCUGGGACAGUGUGUCCCCGAUGUGGUCGGCAUAUGCCCCGCUGUGGUGUCUGUACUAUGUGGCUGGGGACCCCGGACCCGAUGUCGCGAGCAGGAAUUGCCACCGACGGGGAGUCCAAUCCACACAAGGCCGCGGAAGACGAAGUCAUGAAGCGGUUUGUGGUUUUCUGUAUCCACUGUAACCAUGGAUUCCAUGCGCAUCACGCUCAAGACUGGUUCGCGCGACACAAAGUGUGUCCAGUGGCCGAGUGUAGCUGCAUCUGCGAUCGGUGA